UUUAAAAAAAAAAUACGCAAUCUGGUAUCGGGUCACAUUCACACAUGAAUACAUGAAUGAAAGGCGGAGCCAUUCAUUGCUCAUCAUCAUUUGAUGGCUUGUUGCGCCAGCUGCGAACCUUUUUUUUUUUUGGCAGCUGUUGCUGCUGCUGCUGCUUGCUGUCACCCAAAUAUCAAACCGAAAUGUCCAACAAUCCCGACACAUUUACACACACACACACACACAUAUGUUGACAAUUUUAUCCCGACGUACAAGAUAAAAUGUGAAUCAUUGUUUGCCUGUCUUUUUUGUGUGUGUGGACAAUUUUUUUUAUUGAAAUCUAAAGGUCUAAUCUAAAAUUAUUCUGUGAUAAAUACUAAAAAUAAUGACGACGACGACGACGACAAUGACAACCGCAUCCAAUCAUAAAUUUCGAGAUCUCAACAAUUCCAGAAUGUCUUCAUCAGCAUCAUCAUCAUCAUUGUUGAAUGAUCAAUUCAAAGCAACCAAAAUGUGGAACGAUGUAUUACAUGCAUUUUAUUUGGGCAUCGAAUUGAAAAAACAUCGUAGACAAUUGAAAUCAUAUGCAGAUUGUUUUACAGCAUCCGAUGCUAUUACGUGGCUUAAACAAUAUCUUAAAAAUCAACAACGUUUUAAUGGAAAUAAAAUUACAAGAUUUCAAGCAUUGAAUUUAUUACGUAAAUACUAUGAAUCGAACAUUAUUGAACAUGUCAUCAUGAAUGGUGAAAUGAAAGAAAUCAAAGAUAAUAAUGAUCUAUAUCGAUUUACGGCGAAUGAAAAUUUUUCAUUUUUAAUACGAAAAAAUAAUGAUGAUGAUCCAGUGGAUGAAAAUAGUAAAGAAUCAUCAUCAUCAUCAAAAUUAAAAUUUGAAUUAGAUGUUCGUGAAAAAAUUGAUAUUUAUAAACAAAUUAUUUGGUCUGAAUUGAAUCGAUUGUGGCCAUCAAUUGUUGAUGACAAUCAUGAUAUCAAAUUGCAAACAAUAGAUGGUCAAAUUGUAUUGAAUAAUGUUACUCGUGUCAAUACAAAUGGUAUUGUACAGUUGACCGAUAAAAAUGAAGAUUUACCACCAUGGAUAAUGUCGGCAAUGAAAUGUUUAGCAAAUUGGCCAAAAGCAACAGGCAGUGCUAAUUGUCUGCCAAAAUAUCCUGGAUUCGAAUCCGAUGUAUUCAAAUUGAUUCGUGAAUAUUUUACAAAUAUGGAACAACCGAUUAUUCCAUCAUCAUAUUAUUCAGUUUUCAUUCAUGUUCAUCGCUUAUAUUUAUCGAAAUCUCAUUUGAAAAUCAAUAAUGGUCAUACUAAACAUAUUAAUGAUGAUCUAGGUUUACCAGCUAAUUGUGUAUAUGAAACUAUAUUUUCAAGUAAAGAACCUGUUACUAAAAUUGUUCCUAUCGAUGAAUUAUCAGCUGUUUUUCCCAGUUUUCUGCAUUAUUUUCGUCAACAACAACAACAACAACAACAUUCGAAUCCAAAUUCGUUUGUAUCAUCACCAUUAUCCAGUUCAUCAAUCAAUCAAUUUACUAGUAAUACAUUUAGAGCUCUGUCGACAAUACCGAGAAAAAGUCGAAAUAAUAAAAAUUGUUUCACAACGACGACAACAACAACACCAAACACAACUGAUGAUCGACAAAAAUUUGAAAGUCCACCUGAAAAUGGUGAAUAUAUGUUCAAUAAAACGUUUGAUGAUGAUUGUUCAUCCAAACGACAAUUUUAUUCAUUACAAAGACGUAAAAGUGAUAAAAUAAGUUCUCGGCUAUUGAAUGAAAUGGAAAUGGAAAUGGAAUCUAUUGAUCAUCAAAAUCAUUAUGAGCUAUUACAAUUGUUACUAAUUUUAUUGCCAAAUGUAAAUCGACGAUAUCUACAGCUAUUGAUACGGCUAUUUGCACGUAUUCUGUCCAAUAAGGAAAUUUGUUUACUUACCAAUGAUUCAUUAACAUUGAAAGAACAUAUUGUAACCAUAUUCACUCGUUGUAUAUUGCGGCCAGAAAAGGAACGAGAUUUUGAUGAAUUACAAUCGAAAGAAUUUGUCACUUUUCUAAUUGAUGAAUGUUGGAAUAUAUUUCGAAUCCCCCGAAAAUUUCACCAUGAAAUUGAUAAAUUAAUGAAAAACAAAUUGAAUGAAAAACAAAAUGAUGAUCAAUCAUCAAAUGAUUAUUGUCAUAAAAUAUCGAAUGAAGAAUAUGAAUUACAACGUGAUGCAUUAUCCGAUAUGGCAUUAAGUGAUCUAUUACAAAGUAUAAUGCGUGAUGAUACACUAAGUGAACGUGAUAAACUUAAAUGGAUUAAACAGUUCAAAAUGUAUCAUCCAGAUGUAUAUGAUGUUUAUUUUACCAAUUGUAAUGUAUUAUCGGCUGCCGAAAAAAAACAACAACAACAAUGUGAUGGUAAACAAAAAACUACAACAGGAAAAAGAAAUCGAAUCCACCGAUCAACUAUAUCAUCGCCACCAUCAUCAUCAUCUCAUCAUCAUCAUCGUAUUCAUUCAAUCGAUACAUUGAAACAUGAUACAAAUCGUUUAUUUAAACGUUUUUUUUCGCUAAAGAUUGUAAAAUAAAUAAAAAAAUAAGAUAUUAUAUCCAAAACACAAAAAACACCCUGUAAAGAAUCGAAUCUAACAAUUUGAUAAAUGAAGCAAAUAUCAAUUGGGAAUUCACAUUUGAGAAUCCACUUGAGUCACUGAAUUGCCCAAAAAGAUGUCUAUUUUCAUGGAUGACAAAAUAGCAGUAGUUGAUUUUUUCCUAUAUAGACCCAAUAGUGAUGCAUGUGUGAUUUAUUUAUAUUUAUUUUCAUUCGAAUCGUCGAAUA